AUGGACCCAUCUGACCUGGAAACUCCCAGAACGAGAAAGAGAAGACUAAGCCGUGAAGAAUAUCUCACCAGUUAUGAAAGACUUCGUCUACGAAUGAAAAUGGAUUUAUCUGAUGCAGCCAAGGGAGCUGCAUCAACCAAGAUGUUAGAGAAUAUAGAUGAACUUACUAGAUUGUAUGGAUAUGUUCAAAGAGAUAGAGUCAAAGAUACGAUUGUCCAUUUAGAGGAUUCUACUGUAUUUAGAGAAGCUUCUAAUUUCGCAGCUAUUAAUGCUAGAAAUAUGAAGUUUGAUGAUAGUCUCGCUAUUGAUGAAAAAGAUUUCUUAAAGAAGUUGAGAGUGUUUGCUGCUACUGAUAGAUCAGUCAUAUCUCGUGACUCUGAUGAUGAGGAGGAAGAUGAGGAUGGCUUCGAGAUCAACGAUGAAUUUACAUUUAAUAAGACAAAUUGGUUAAAGCUUGGUAUACUAUAUCAUCAUGUUAGUAAAAAGCCAGUAGUAUCUGGUUUUUUGAAUGGUCCUUUGGAGACUGAAAGAAAGAAACAAGCACCGAGAACUAGAAUCGCAAAUGAUUCCAAAAAUAAUACAUUAGCUACUGCUCAACAAGUUGAUGCCGAAGAUAUUGCCACCAAUGAAGAACAAAAUACGGCAUAUAUGGUCAAACUGGUAUAUCAAACAUAUUUAAACAAAGACGAAGGUAAUGGAGUUAACUUUUUUAAAUUAUUCAUUAAUCCGAAAUCGUUUGGUCAAUCAGUUGAGAACUUGUUUUAUAUAAGUUUCUUAAUUAAAGAUGGGAAAUUAAAAUUAUAUCUUGAUGAAAGUGGAACUCCGUGUGUCCGACGCGUGUCUCAAAACGAAUUAGCUGAGGCAACAUUGGAUAGUAGUGAUUUGAAAUCUAGUCAUCAUAUUGCUACUUUUAAUUAUCAUGCUUGGAAAACAUAUAUCGAGAAUUUUAAAAUCACGGAACCAUUCUUAGGACAUCGUGAUGAAGUAGAGGAUCAAAUGCCUGUUGAGGAUAUGAUUGAUGAUUCCGAUGAUGAGUCAGGUCCAACUGAAAGUUCAGCCCCUACUCCGGCUGCGUCUGCUUCUACUUCUAAUGGGGUUGGUGUGUCAGUGAAGAAUGAGUAUUAG